AGUCUUUGUGUGCAUCUUCUCCAUCUUCUCAAACCUACAGUGAAUCGGGGCGGGCGGCAGCUCAUGCUGAACCUGGAAGUUUCAUCCUGUUAAAAGCAAGUUUUCCUCUCCACUGUCACUACAUGCUAUGGCAAGUCAGUGUUUCAAUGUAAUCUCCUGGGUUUCUUUACAUGGGAAAUUUUAAUUGGAAAAAUAAAUUGAACUCAGUGCACUGAUAAAUAGGUUCAGUUGAAAUGUUUACUUUGUAACGUGUCUAGAAACGACUCUUGCUGUGAUUUGGCGCUAAAUAAAAAUGAAUUGAACUGAAUUGAACUGAAAUGAACCCUUCAUCCAUCUGGACUUUGAAUACUAUAUUAUUUAAAUAAUGUUAUAAAUGUUGCAGCUUUGCUAUGGACUAAAUACUUUAAACCAUUUUAUUGCAGACAUAAGUUAUCUGGGUUUUAUUACAAUCACUCCUUGAACAUAUUUUAACAGGCACUAAUAGACAUAGAAAAACAAAUGUGUCCUAUUUUCAGAUCUAUUUUCUAAAUUGUAUCUUGUUUUAAUCUAUAUGCUUAAAAUUAAGCCAGAAGAUCUGACAAGUUACACAGAAAUAUUUACAAAAUCCUUAAAUAAAACGUGAGAUUCAUAUAAAUGCAUGUUUGCACUGGAAGUAUAUAGAUAUAAAUUGUGUCUGCAUGAUGGUGAAGGUAAUCUGUGCAUCAAAACUGAACUUUGGUUCAACAAACAUCCUCUCUUUCUCUGUGGUCUGAUUGGCUGAUUGGAAACAUGUUUCAGUUUUAUUUCCGUCCUGGAAGGGUGGGAACAAAGUUCUGAGCCUGAAACUUUCUCAGAACAUGCACUCCUCCAACCUCUGGAUCUUGGAGCCACUCUGGGGUCUGGACUCCAUCCGUCUGCGGGGUGGAGACAGGAGGCCACAGAGGAUGGACCACUAGACGUCAACACCUCCACAUCUCCCUCACCUCCUUUCAGCUCAGUCAAGAUCGAUGCUUGAACUGAGCCGGAGCUCCUCAGCGUGAGACUGUAACACAGGAGAGCUGGUGUUCAUUAUUUUUUGAACAGUGACUCGGAAUUUUGUUUGGAUUUUUGCGCAUCUGGUGCGCCAAAAUGGAUUACAGCGCGCAGGCUGCAGAUCCAUGAUUCGAGUUUUGCUCCGUUCCUGCAGCAUGCUGUUUGUCCUUAUGCCCAGAUAAGACCUGUUAAUGGGACCGCGUCAUGUCCUUCUGCUGGAUUGAGAUGGACAAUGAAGUUAUGGGAUAGCCUGACCACUUGUUUGGUUCUGCUGAGCGCCGUGCGGGUCAGCGCGCUGCUGCGGAACCGAAGAAGGUCCGCUGACGAGAGUCCCCUGGACGUCCCUCCGGUGCAAAUGCGCCUGUCCAUGAUCUCUCCCGGAAACAGCCGGGAGGACGCAGCAGAAGAUGCUGAAGAGGAGCUUUUCCGGGGUGAUGUUGUGGAAUUCAUCAAAAUAAUAAUCCGACGAGUACGACUCUCCUCCUCCUACUCUUCAUCAUUCCUCCGGGAAAACUUCAACACGAGGACUCGACACAGAAGGGAGAGGAAAAGAGCAGCACUGGAGAGUGACAAAGGCAUAAGAAGAGAUCCCGGAGGAGAGGAAAUGAUCAGGAAGGUUAGAAGAGGAGGAGGAAGUGGACGAAGACAGAGCUGUGUGCUCAAACAGAUUCACCUCAACGUGUCGGACCUUGGUCUGGGAUAUCUCUCCAGUGAGGAAAUGAUAUUCAGAUACUGCUCAGGGCCCUGCAGGAAGUCAGAGACCAACUAUGAUAAGAUUCUUUCUAACCUUGUUUUUAAAAAGAGGCUCCCCCCUAAAGACAGGCCCCCGCAGGCCUGCUGUCGGCCGAUAGCGUACGACGAUGAUAUCUCGUUUCUGGACGACAGCCUCGUUUACCACACCGUGAGAAAGCACUCCGCAAGAAAAUGUGGCUGUGUUUAGCAGGAUUGGGUGAUUUGAUUUGUUUUGAUCUGAAAUAAUAUAAAUGACCUGAGUCCAUUUACAAAGAUAUUAUUGAAAUUUAAAUCCCAAAUAAUCCUAAUGAUGUUCUUUUCAACCUCAUCUACACACAUAUUUAAUCUGAACCCAUUUAGAACUGAAGAAAGAAUCCAUCUCAAACAAAUAAUCAACUGAUUUUUGUAUCAUAGAAAUAAAAGUUAUUCUUAUAUGAACUCUAUUUAUAUGAUGUAUUAACUUAUUGAUAUUUAUUUUUGUUUCUUGCAAAGUAAUAAAUGCUAUUUAUUGCUGUGAUGACAGGUGUUUAAAUCCAGCUGAUUCACUUUCACAGAUGGAUUAGUUUACAAAUCAGGAUUUCACAUAGCAGGAACCUGCUGAGUCAUGACAAAGUGCUUCACAACAACACAAUAAAUGUCAGUGACAGAUGUAUUAACUAAAUGUGUUAUUCACAUAAAAAAUAAUGAUUGGGUUUAAACUCAUCUGGAGAACACGCGUUCAUCUUGCUGGGACUCCCCAUGACUCUUUAAAGGAAACAUGUUCCAAAUGGAAAAUCAGAUGUGCUGGGAUUACACAAACUUUAAUCUGCAGCUGUGAAGCUGAAUUAUUUAGAUAAUCUGACAGCAUGUGUUUGAUGUGCAAACAGGGUAUACCCACUGAGAUGCAAAUUUCAACACUCAUGCUGCCGUUAGAAAUGCUGAAGAAACAUCUUAGCUGGUUGAAUUUUGGUUAACUUUUUGUCUUGUAGCGGUAAAAGCCACUUCCAAAAUCUGGAAUGUUUUGUGGUGUUUUAAAAAGUCAGCUCAAGUAAAUGUAGAAGAAUGAAGGCAAAACACACCGGCAGCAUUUUACACUGUAAAAAAUGCUGCCUUUGUCCUUUUUUAUUAAACACACACACACUUUGAUGCAGUCUACUGAAAUCUUUACAUAUAUAUUUUUGGGAUUCAACAAUGUUGUUUUUUUUAAAUCCCAGUUUUUUCAUGUGCAUUUCUUUCAAAAGCAGCUCUUCUCUGCUUUUAUAUCCAGAGUUUGAUUGAUCAGUCAUGUAUGAGCUUAGGCUUAGUUAGUGGUUGUAUAAAUUUGCUUUAAACUGUCCAAUAUCAUAAAAAUUGUUGAUAAAUUUCUUCUCAAUUGACCCAUUCAUAUAUUUAUGUUAGUACGAUAAAGGUAAUUUUUUGAGCUUGUUAUUUAUAUCCACAAAAGUUUUGAUU